CUAUUGUCUUGGCAAGUUUAUACACUGUGUAUUAGUAAUACUGCAGUACGGAGCACGAGUACGAAUGUGCCUUCACCUGGGAAACCCAGGUCGAGAGUCGAAGAGCAAGUCCCGACUACAAGGGCGUGCGUUCAUUGGCCACAAUCCUGGCUCAAUGGUUGAAACUCGAAUGGUGAAGGACACAGAAGGGCGGCUUACGGUCCCGAAGGCAAGCAUACUAAGCACCAAUUCGGUACUCACAACUUGCUGGCGAAAUCUUAGUGUAGCGUUUUGCAGGUGUUCCAGGUUAGGUCCGUUCCAGGGCUGAGAUUAACUUAGGUUAUGGAACCAUGAGCGAACCUAGGACACCUGCAAUUGCGACGGCAUGUGUUCGGUGACCAGUCAAUCUCUGCGCUACCUGGUGCCUGCUUCGCUUUCCAUGUUGCGACCACCGUAGAGUUGAUUUUGAUGCCACAUUGAAUCCUCGGAACCGCUGCCCGAAGAUGGAACCAAGAGAAAACACAGUGCACACCGACCACGCGUAACAGUCCUGACGGGAUAUGGAGGUUGUUCAUGCUUUAGGUUCCCGGGCCGUUGGUACCUCCAGUAGGAAAGCCCUACGAUGCGUGCGGGAAGGCGACU